AUGGAGGGGGCGAAGUCCAUGGAGACGGUGAGCCAAUGGGAGGAGGAAGUGAAGGAGAGCAAAUACUUCAAGGACUUGGUGCAGCUUCCGGCCACCAAGAAGAUCAGCCCCAGCCCCAAGGCAGGGCGGGUGAGUCACAGGUGUGAAAAGAGCGGCGACACCCAGAACCUGUGGCUGAACCUGUCGGAUGGGUUCAUCGGGGGAGGCCGCCGCUUCUUUGACGGCUCUGGAGGCAGCAAUGGCGCGCUGGAUCACUUCGCAGAGGAAGAGGCCAAGGGCAACUUCUACCCGCUGGUCGUGAAGCUGGGCACCAUCACUCCUGAAGGAGCUGACGUCUACUCCUACGCGCGGGAUGAAGACGCCAUGGUGAAGGAUCCGCUGCUCGCGCAGCACUUGGAGCACUGGGGCAUUGACGUCAUGAAGAUGGAGAAGACGGACAAGACGCUCGCAGAGAUGCAGGUGGACCUGAAUCUCAACUACGAUUGGUCCCGGAUUUGCGAGUCCGGUGACAAGCCUUUGGAACGCCUGCGUGCACCGGGGCUGGUGGGUCUCAAGAAUCUGGGGCAGUCUUGCUACAUGAACUCGUCUCUUCAACUCCUCCUGGCGCUGCCAGAAGUGAAGAACCACUACAUGGACGCGGACUUUCAGAUGCGAAGAUCUGCGCCGGCGGAAGUGCAGAACGAUUUGGUGAGUCAGGUGGCCAAGCUCGUGAAUGGCCUCAACGGGCCUCGCUAUGCGCCACCCUUGAGGGAAGGGGCGGAUGAAGAAGACCCCAAGCUCGUCAUGGCGCCGCAGAUGUUCCGCACGCUCAUUGGUCGAGGGCAUGUGGAAUUCGCCACCUCGAGGCAGCAGGAUGCCGCCGAGUUUGUGCAGUACUUCCUGGAGCAGUUGGCGCGCGCCGAGCGCGGCGCCGGCUCCAGGGUGAGCGGUCCAACAACCGCCAUGUUCGACUUUGCAGUGGAAGAACGACUGCAAGAAAGCAGCGGCAGCAAACGAGUGAAGUACAUGAAGGUGCGGCAAAACAUGCUUGGCAUACCAGUGAAGCUGGAAGAUGCCGAGAACCUCGAAGAGGUCCUCGCUUACAGGGCUGCGAAGGAGAAGGACGGGCAGGAUGCAAAGAAGCUGAAAACUGAAGGUGCAGAGGAGCCCAAAGCGGUGAUCCAGUUGGCGUCCUGCUUGUCGCGGCUAGGCGCAGUUGAGGAGGUGCAGUUCCGUGGUGGUGGCGCCUGCAAGACGACACGGCUGGCCACGAUGCCACGGUACUUGAUCGUGCAAUUGCAGCGGUACUAUGUCGACGAGAAGUGGUGCCCUGCGAAGCUGGAUUGCAAGGCACGCUGGGAGAUGAUCGUGUUGAGAGAGAGGACACACGGAGCCUAA